GCUGGACACGGGCGGACGAGUCCAGGAACAAGCGGCUGCCACCACCCACAUGGGCAUGGCGUCUCCAAAGAAGGGCGCGUGGGAACGUGGUGUGUAAAUAUAGCCAAUUUAGUCAUCUCACAAGGGUCUUGCUUGAGGCUUUAUAAACUCCUACAAGCCCCCCUAGGACAUAUCAGAGCAGAUUCCAACUGCGCAGUUCCAUACACUUCCACUGGAGCUCCAGUUCUCCCUUUCCAUUUUCAACUUCCCAUGCAGUUCAGCGCUUAGGCAUUAGUAAUUGCUUCAACAUAUAACUCGAGUGUCUUUGUUGACCAUGGUGAAUCAACUGCACCUCUAUCUCUUCGGAGAUUUGACAUAUGACAUUUCCACAAAGCUGCAACCACUCCUUCAUUCCGAGUCAUAUCCCCUUCUUCGUUCGUUUUUCGAUUGCGUUUGCGAUAAACUCAGGGCUGAGAUUGGCCGAUUGCCGGCCCAGGAUAAAGAAGUUUUCCCUCGUUUUUCUAGCAUUGCUGAGCUAUUGACAUGGCGUAGCAGCCACAGCAGGUCAAAUCCUGCAGUUGAGAAUGCAUUAACGUGCAUCUAUCAGUUGGGUGAAUUUAUUCAGUAAGUCCCUUGAGCUGGGAGCAUCUGCAUAAUCAAGCAAUGAAUAACCUUAAGGAUGAAUCCAUGCUAAUGAAUAUGCCUCUUUUCUAAUGCAGCCAACAUGAGGGUCUCGGACAGGAGUACUUCUCACCCCAAGAAACAUGCGUAACCGGUAUCUGUACUGGUGCCCUUUCUGCUGCAGCUGUUAGCUGUUGUAGGACUGCAUCUGAACUGGUCCCUAUUGCUGUACAAACGGCACUGGUUGCUUUUCGACUGGGGAUGUGCACGUUACGUGCUUCCAAGGCAAUUGACCCGUCGGAGGGAAACUGGUCGAUGGUUGUAUCUUGCGAUUCAACUGACAAAGUUGAAGAGCUUCUUUGCAAAUUCUCAGAGGAUAAUGUAAGAAUAACGUGUGCACUACUAUUGGGGAAACAAUGGCUAACACAUUCCGCAGAAUCUUCCCAUCACAUCAAUGCCAUGGAUUAGUGCAUACGGGGAAGAUAACUGGGUGUCGAUCAGUGCACCUGCAUCCAUUUUGCUAGCACUUCGCUCCUCUGAGAUACUGUCAGGAAUGCGCUCGCGUGUGCUUGACAUCCACUCCCCUUAUCAUGCAAAGCAUAUAUUCUCAAAAAUCGACAUCGAUGCAAUCCUUGAGACAACCGAUUCUCAGGAGUGGGAGCGAUAUAGAGCCGUUCGGCCUAUGGUUUCGAGCACCACUGGAGAAUUAAUUGAGCUGGAGGGACUCCGAUCCCGCUUGGAGGCAGCAGUCACUCAAAUUUUGAUUGAGCCGAUCAGAUGGACAGAGCUCACUCACGGGCUGGCUGCAUUCAUGUCCUCAAUCAACGCAAUGAGGUUCCACGUUAUUUCUAUCGGUACCAAUGCAGAGGCCACAUUAACGGCAUCACUGAGCUCCAAGAUGCAAAUUGAUGAGUUUCAAAUCGGUAAUGGUGAGAGUGUGAAGCCGGACCAAAACGGUCGCGAGGCCCGUGGAAAUAUGGUUCGGGGUCGAUCCAAGAUCGCCAUCGUUGGCCUCUCUGGAAGAUAUCCAAGCGCAGAGAAUAACGAGGAAUUCUGGGAUCUCAUCUUCCGCGGACUAGACGUGCAUAAAACUGUGCCAGAUCUCCACUGGAGUGCUAAGACACAUGUUGACCCUACCGGCAAGAAAAAGAAUACCAGUGCUACCCCUUACGGCUGCUGGUUGGAACACCCCGAGGCAUUUGACGGACUCUUUUUCAAUAUGUCGCCCCGCGAGGCGCCCCAAGUCGACCCUGCUCAGCGUAUCGCCUUGAUGACCGCCUAUGAAGCAAUGGAACAAGCCGGAAUUGUCCCUGGCGCUACUCCAUCCACCCGCCACGACCGGGUGGGCGUCUUCUAUGGAGUCACAAGCAACGACUGGAUGGAAACUAACAGUGCCCAAAACAUCGACACCUACUUCAUUCCUGGUGGUAACAGAGCGUUCAUCCCAGGCAGGAUCAAUUAUUUCUUCAAAUUCAGCGGUCCCAGCUACAGUGUUGACACUGCGUGCUCUUCUAGUUUGGCAUCUCUUCAUAUCGCGUGCAAUUCUUUGUGGCAGCGUGAUAUUGAUACUGCCAUCGCGGGUGGAACAAAUAUCUUGACCAACCCUGACUUUACUGCUGGUCUGGAUCGUGGCCACUUCCUCUCACGCACUGGUAACUGUAAGACGUUUGAUGACGAUGCCGAUGGGUAUUGCCGUGGAGAAGGUGUUGGCACCGUUAUCCUGAAGCGUUUGGAAGAUGCUAUUGCCGACAAGGACCCUAUCCAUGGUCUCAUCUUGGGAACUUACACAAACCAUUCUGCAGAGGCAGAGUCAAUCACCCGUCCGCAUGUCGGAGCGCAGAGAGAUAUCAUGAGAAAUAUUCUUAGCAACAGUGGAGUUGAUCCAUACAGUGUGAGUUACGUUGAACUGCAUGGAACAGGUACUCAGGCAGGAGAUGCUAGAGAAAUGACCUCUGUCCUGGACACUUUCGCGCCUGCAGGCGCCCGUCGAUAUCGUCAGCCCGAAGAGUCCUUACAUCUAGGCUCAGUCAAAUCUAACAUUGGUCACGGAGAGGCUGCUGCUGGAGUCAGUGCUCUGAUCAAAGUUCUCUUAAUGUUGAGAAACAAUACCAUUCCUCCGCACUGUGGUAUCAAAAACAAAAUCAACUCCAGCUUCCCAACAGACCUUGAUGCCAGGAACGUGUACAUUGCAAAGAAGGCCGUCCCCUGGCCUUCAAAGGAGGGACAGCCACGCAGGGUAUUUAUAAACAACUUCAGCGCUGCAGGAGGAAACUCCGCCCUGGUCCUUGAAGAAAAACCCGUGGAGGCUGAGAUUCUGGGGACCGACCCUCGAGCUGCCCAUGUGGUAACGGUGUCAGCCAAAUCAGCAAUUUCUUUGAGUCGAAAUAUCCAGUCACUCGCAAAUUAUAUUGAGAAGCAUCAAGACGAGGCUCUUUUCCUUCCCCAGCUUUCCUAUACUACGACCGCACGUCGAAUUCACCAUCAACACCGAAUUGCUGUUACCGGUACAUCUGCUGCCGAUAUCAAGGCAGCUCUGGAAGCAGCUGCUGCGAAUGGUGAUGGCAAGCUCAGAGCAAGAGUCGCACCCAAAGUCACAUUCACAUAUACUGGACAGGGUGCUCAGUAUGUUGGUAUGGCAAAGCAGCUGUACACGCUAUUUGAUCAAUUUAAGAAAGAAAUCAACCGGUUCGACAGCCUUGCCCAGAAGCUAGGCUUCCCCAGCUUUAUUUCUGUGAUUGAGGACGAGUCAUGCCAGCAACAACAGAAUAUCUCUCCAGUCACUUUACAGCUCUCUAGUGUCUGUAUGCAAAUGGCUUUGUCUCGGCUGCUUAUUUCCUGGAAUAUCACUCCGGAUAAUGUCAUCGGCCACAGCCUCGGUGAAUAUGCUGCUCUCAAUACCGCCGGCGUUCUGUCUGACACAGACACCAUUUUCCUCGUUGGAAGGCGUGCCCAGUUGUUGGAGCAGCAUUGUACACUUGGAACACACAGCAUGCUUGUGGUUAAGGCUUCCUUAUCUGCCGUCCAGAGAGCACUCGAUGGCACGGAAUUUGAGGUUGCAUGUAUCAAUGCACCAGAGGAGACUGUCCUUGCCGGCCCCAACACACAAAUUGAAGCCCUCAAGGAGUCCUUGAACAACAAUGGCCUCAAGACAAAGAUCAUUUCGGUGCCUUUUGCAUACCAUUCUUCCCAAGUAGAUUCCAUAUUGAGCCAUUUCGAGACACUCGCUACAGGUGUCAAGUUCCGCAAGCCAAUGAUUUCGGUUAUAUCUCCAUUGCUCGCCGAGGUCAUUGUGGACGAGGGUAUCAUUUGCCCUAGCUAUCUAAGGAGACAUUGCCGUGAAACCGUCAAUUUCCUCGGAGCCCUUCAGCAUUUCAAAGAGACUGGAGUCGUGAAAGACAAGUCCUUUUUCGUUGAGGUAGGCCCUCACCCUAUCGUGACUGGUAUGGUUAAAGCACUCUUUGGAACCUCUGUCACUUCUAUGCCUACGCUUCAGCGUAGCCGUGAUGACCUGAAGGUUGUGACCGAAUUGCUUGUUUCCCUUUAUUCGGCCGGCGCCGACCUUCGCUGGAACGAGUACCACCGCGACUUUGAGGCCUCUCACAAAGUCCUGGAACUCCCUGCAUAUAACUGGGACUUGAAGAACUACUGGAUGCAGUACGUGAAUGACUGGUCUUUGCGAAAGGGUGACCCGCCAUUGAUCGUGGGUCCUUCGUCCUUGACAUCAACUACCAUUCACAAAGUAGUGGACGACAGUAUUGACAAAAUUGUUGUCGAGUCGGAUAUGGCACGCGAAGAUUUCAAUCCCUUGGUACAAGGCCACGAGGUCGAUGGCGUGCCUCUAUGCACACCAGUAAGUGCCGACAUGAAUUGAUAGUUUCCUAGCGAUAAUUUUGAUGCUGACCGUACUUCUAGUCCGUCUAUGCGGAUAUAGCCCUUUCCAUUGGCAAGUAUCUUCUGGAGAGAUACCAUCCAGAAAUCGAAACGAACCUGGUCGACGUGGCCAACAUGACUGUCUUGAAGGCAUUGAUUGCUCGGGCUCAGGGGCCCCAGCCUCUUCGUACCAUAGCAACUGUCGAUUGGUCUGCUAAGAAAGCUAGUGUUUCCUUCCGCUCUUACGACGUAAGUCAUCCCUACCAUGGGUUCUGGAAUGCCAGGGUCCCGUGCUGACCUUAAACCACUAGAAAUCUGGAGAGCCAACCGUGGAACAUGCCACCUGCGAGAUACACUUCACUGAUCGGUCUCGGCUCAAGCUGCUAGAGAGCUCUACUGCAACUGUCAAGGCUCGAAUGGGCGCUAUGCGCGAGACCCUUGGAAGCGGCGAAACCCAAAGGUUCAAUCGUGCAAUGGUGUAUAAGAUGAUCAGUCCUUUGGCACAGUUCCACCGAGACUAUCAACCACUCGAUGAAGUUAUCAUCGAUAGCAAUAGUCUUGAAGUCUUCAGUCAGGUCAACUUCAAAGGUGUCCAGGCUGCUGGUAACUUCUUCGCCCAUCCAGCUUAUAUUGACGGCCUCACACAGGCAGGAGGGUUUGUCAUGAACUGCAAUGACAGUAAUGAUUUGGCAGUGGAGGUGUUCGUUAACCAUGGCUGGGAGUCUCUCCAGCUGUAUGAGCCUCUUCAGAAGGAGAAGAAGUAUAAAACUUUCUGUCAUAUGUCUCCAGGAGACAACAGAAAGUUCCAUGGUGAUGUGGUGGUCUUUGAUGAGAGCGAGAAAAUCGUAGCCAGCUACAAGGGCAUUGUUGUAAGUUGCUCCCAUCAAACCGAAACUUGUGAGGCCAAUUAACUGACAGCUUGCAAACAGUUCCAAGGUGUUCCUCGUAGAGUGUUGCGUUUCUUCUUGAAGCCUGAAGCGCCA